UGUAUUCCAAGUUAGGCAGGGUACGUUGGUGCUGUUAGGUUGGUACCGCCGUGCCUUCAGUCAGCUGAUAUGAAAGCGAAAGUCCCGCCAUUGUUGGUAUAACCUCGCGCGUGAACAGCUGAUGGUCGAAAUAUUACGCUUACGUUUGUUUUGUGUUGUGUCUAGUGCUGUGAGGGAGUGUUUUGUGAGUUAGGUGUUUACCUUGGCUCGCCCCGAGCCCGAGGGGCAGACGCCCGCCACUUUCUCCAGCAGCUACUGAGGCUGCUGAGGCUGCUGAUACCAUGGACUCCGGUCUGAUCCGGCUGCUGAUCGUCGCCGCGUUGUUUCUGCUGCUAGCAGGCGACUAUGGGUAUCUCCUGGAUCAGCUGACAGGAGUGUUUGGUCCAGAAGAAGCCGAUGGAGAGGUUGCCGCCAAGGUCGCUGAAGAGGAUGCGACAGAAUUGGCCUUCAAGGAGACCGGUCGUUCUGCCAAAGCCCAGUUGAUGUCCACUAUGAAGAACUCCUGUCUACCCAAGUUGAUCUGUGAGCUCAACGCAACGCCGCAGAAAGAGAAGCUCUCUGACUCCGAAAAAGCUCUUCUGUCGCUCAUAAGUGACACGACCAUCAGCACGACCGCCGAGGUGACGUCGAAGUACCACUUCGCCGCGCACAUGGGACAGCUGAUCGCAGGGGUUGAUGGGGCGGGAUGUCACAACUUUUACCCAUCGUGUCCCUUUCCGGGGGUGCAAGUCCUCAACAUGAUCAAGGCCAUCAGGCUGAAACCACCCUCCUAGGCUAGACACACCAGACAAUUAGACACUAGCCAUCCUCCUAGGCUAGACACACCAGACAAUUGGACACUAGUCGCACCAUCUACAUAGAUGGACCUUCUGACUGUGAUUUGUAUAUAGAUACUUGUACAGAUGUAGAAGUUAGGUUAAAGUUUUUAGAUUUUUAAUUGUGUAAGUUGAUUAAUUAAGGAUGAUAAAGACUACACCCAGUUCUUAAUGGAAGGAGAGUAUUGGUUAAUAACAUUGAAAUACUAGAAAUGAAAGAGAGAAAAAGAUGUGCCUUUGAAUAAUUCAAUUACAAAAUAACGUUACUGAAAUGUUAAAUGACAACUGUGUGUAUUCGUAUUUCAGCACGAUAUCUCAAAAGUAAUCUUAAAAAAAUGUAAAGGUAAUAAGGUAAAUAAUGAUUGAUGUUCAUCUCAGAUUAGUGGGUAAACUCAACUUCCACAGAAAAUAAAUUUAUAUAGCUAGGCUCUAUAAUGAUGCAAAGACCGAAAUGGCAUAUAGGCCUACUAAACAUUAUAAUUUAGACAUAGUUUAUGAACCUUGGAUUAUGUUACCACGAAAUUUUUUUUUUUUUUUUGACAGAAUAAGGCCUUACGUUAUAGUAAUACACUUUCACAUGUGUGAUAUAAAACUGCAAAGUAGAAUGUCAAGAAAUAAAAGAUUGUGAAAAAUGCACUUAAGUCAUGAAAAAUGCACUUAAGUCAAAGUGCAUUGAUCUAUCAGGUUGUACAUUGUAGUUUUAAGGAAGCUUUAAGUGAUAUUUUAAUGUUAGUUAGCGCUUUUUAUAAUUUACAUGAUUUUCGCAAACGGAUAUUUCUUAUUAUAACUGUUGAACACCUUCAAAACUCCACAGGGUGAUACGUUAUUUGAUAAUUAAGCUUGUUUUUAUAUUUUGCCGGAUAGAUAGUCUAAAAGAAUAGAUAAUUGAUAGUUUAUACCAUAAUUUUAUUUUUAACUUGUGUAUAUGAAGAAAUUUACCCUAUCAUUGAAAUUUGGAAAGUUCUGUAUGAAAUAGUUUCACGUGCAAAAUGUGUAUAAUGACUUGUAAAGAAAAUCGAAAAAGUCAUAGUACAAAUCAUACAGUGCAGCAAAAACAAUAUGCCUACUUAAAGACUACAAGAUAACUCAAAUAAUUGAACAAUCGUAAUACAUUAGCCUUUAAGACACAACUUACCUCUGUAUAUUUGAUGUAAAUAGGUUUAAUUAUUAAGUUACUGUAAAAUACUUUUGUAAAUAAACAAUACAUGUUACCAUUUUGAAUCUCAAAACCGAUUUUAACAUGUCUAAGAUAUAUUUUAAUUUUCAUAGAAUGUAAAAAAGUGUAUGCUUGAAAACUAACUCUAGUGUUAUUUUAUAUUUUUUAUGUUUAAUGUUUUCGAAUGCGUCCAAAUCAUUUUUACUGAAUCAUUUGCUUGUCUUGUUUGAUUAUGAGAUUAAAAUAUUUUACAGAG